CUCCAACCCAACCACCCCUAUCCACUCAUCCAGUGAAACAAAAUGACAUCCAACAGCAUGCUCCCCCCAACUAACCCCAUUACCCCCUUCUGGCGCACCCAGCUCGACCCGCUCGACGACGUCCGCACCACUCCCGACCUGCCCCCGCACAGUGAUAUCGUGAUCAUCGGCGGCGGCUAUGCGGGCGUCACACUAGCCUACUACCUCCUGAAACAGCUCUCCAACCAGGGCGACAAAACCACCACCGUGACCCUUCUAGAAGCGAGGCAGAUUUGCUCGGGCGCGACUGGUCGAAAUGGCGGACACCUCCGUCCCGACAUCUACGGACACAUCCCAACCUACAUUACACGCUACGGGCUCGAUGCGGGCGUCGAGAUCGCCAGCUUCGAAUACGCGCACAUCCAAGCUCUCAAGGAUCUCCUCCGGGAAGAGAACAUCGACUGCGAUCUGAACAUCACCCGGAACAUGAAUGCGUAUUUGGAUGAAGCGGCGGCAGAGAAAGCCAAGGAAGCGUAUGAGAUGCUUAUCGCGCGGGGGGUUGAGCUAGCCAAGGACCUGCAUUACACGUCGCAGCGGGAUGCCGAGGGGAUCUCCGGCAUCAAAGGCGCCAAAGCCUGCAUCUCCUACACAUCCGGCACACUCUGGCCCUACAAAUUCAUCCUCGGUCUGCUGAACAAGAUCAUCCAUUCUCCCCAACUCAACGUCCAAACCCACACCCCGGUGACCUCUAUCACAUCCGAAGGGGAAACCCACACGAUCCACACUCCCCGCGGCUCCCUCCGCGCCAGCAAAAUCGUCUACGCCACCAACGCCUACACCGCCGGUCUCCUGCCCGAGUACUCCGCCAACAUCGUCCCCUGUCGGGGAAUCUGCUGCCACAUCACAGUGCCAGAGGGCAAGACGGCGCCGUUUCUCCCGUACUCGUACGCCAUCGGAUACGGAUCCGAAGCGCAGGGCGGCGGCAGUUAUCUGAUUACGAGGCCCGAUGGGAGUAUUAUUGUGGGUGGGGCGCAGUAUACCUUCAAACAUGAUCUGGCGCAGUGGUAUGGCGUGGUGGAUGAUACGACGUUGAUUGAGUCCGCGAAGGGUUACUAUGAUGGGUAUAUGCAGCGGACGUUUCGGGGGUGGGAGGAGAGCGGCGCGUAUGUGAAGGAGAUUUGGACGGGAGUCAUGGGCUACUCCUACGACUCGCACCCACACAUCGGCCAAGUCCCCAACAAACCCGGACAAUAUAUCUGCGCCGGGUUCAACGGCCACGGCAUGCCGGUGGUGCUGCUCUCCGCGAAAGAGCUCGCGGGGAUGAUUCAGACGGGGAAACCUUUCGAGGAGACGACCAUGCCACGGCUGUUUAAGACGUCGGCGGAGAGGAUUGAGAAGGCGAGGACGGGGCCCAAGGGGGGAGAUAUUCUAGCAUGAUCAAGAUUCCUGGGUCAGUUACAUUCGAUUGGUCAUCUACGAUCCAAUGCAUAGUAUAUAUCGUAUCAGAUUCCGUGAUUUCAGCACAAUAU